AUGUCGACGACGUACGGUAUUCAAACUGAUGCCAUCACCCUUCAACGUUAUGUACUAUUGGAACAAAUGAAAUGCCCAUCCGCCAAAGGUGAUAUGACACAUCUAUUAACAUGUCUGCUCACUGCAAUAAAGGCCAUCUCAUCAGCUUCACAGAAAGCAGGGAUUGCGAAACUCUAUGGUAUCGCUGGUUCAACUAACGUUCAAGGAGAAGAAGUUAAAAAGCUUGAUGUUUUAUCAAACUCGCUUAUGAUCAAUAUGCUUAAGUCGUCGUAUAAUACGUGUUUUAUGGUAUCUGAAGAGAAUGAAGAACUUAUUGUGGUCGACAAGGCACAACGAGGGAGGUAUAUCGUGACCUUUGAUCCACUUGACGGAUCGUCUAAUAUUGACUGCCUUGUUUCCGUAGGAACCAUAUUCGGCAUAUACAAAAUGGAAAGCAAAGAAGAGCCAACAUUAGCAGAUGUACUUCGUCCUGGUCGCGAAAUGGUUGCAGCUGGAUACGCCCUCUACGGAUCUGCUACCAUGGUGGUAAUUUGUACCGGUCACGAAGUGAACGGCUUUACACUUGAUCCGUCAAUAGGAGAAUUUGUUUUAACCCAUCAAAAUAUGAAGUGCAAGCCUCGCGGCAAUGUAUAUAGUGUAAACGAGGGUUAUUCCGCACAAUGGUCAAGGGGUAUCAAAGAAUAUGUGGAAUCCAAGAAAAACCCCCCAGAUGGAAGUAAACCUUACACCCAACGUUAUGUCGGAUCAAUGGUAGCAGAUAUACACAGAACGCUACUUAAUGGAGGAGUAUUUCUUUAUCCCGCGACUAAAAGCAACAAAGAUGGGAAGCUCCGCCUACUAUACGAAGGAUACCCAAUGGCUUAUCUUUUGGAACAUGCAGAUGGCGCAGCAACCACCGGAACUAUGCCCAUUCUUGACAUCAAGCCAACCCACAUCCAUCAACGAUCACAAAUUAUUUUGGGCUCAAAAGAAGACGUGGCAGAAGCCAUGGAAUAUAUCAAAAAAUAUGAUCUUACUCCAGAACAGUAA